GCGAAACUAACGGCAGACAACUGACCCUGAGACGAGCUGCUACAUCUAUCAAGAAUGGAGGGAAUGGAGCAACUGCGGGCCGAGCUUGAGGCGAUGAAGGUAGCUCUUCAGGCGGAGAAGGAGGAGCGCGAGAAGGCCACAGCAGGCGUCAGCUCCACUACCCCACCAGCGAAGCAGAUAUACGUAGCGGCAGGGAGACGGCUGGAACGCUUCAGGGGAAAGACGGAGAAACCGAGUGAUCCAUCCGUCCAAGAGUGGGUCAGUGACGUCAAAGGGCAGUUGACGGCUCGACAGAUAGGAGAGGAGGAUGGCGCUGCGUUCAUCAUCGACCAUCUCGCCGGCAGAGCUAGGCAAGAAAUCCUUGGCAGAGGUGACACCGUAAAGAGUCCAGAGGAAAUCUACUGUGUAUUGCUGAAAGUCUUUGGUGAUGGUGAGACGCUUCCCCAGAUCCAGCAGACGUUUUUCUCCUUCCGACAAGGCCAAGGAGAAGAUCUACUGAGUUUCUCCCUCGAGCUCAUGGAAUUGUUUAAUUCCAUGGGUCGUUUGGAUGUCUCCUUCAAUGUGACGAGAGAUAAAACACUGAAGGGAAGGCUAGCCGAGGCAGUUUAUGAUGAGGGUCUACGGAGAGAACUGCGGCGCAUGAAUAUUGUUUCGCCAGAGCUGAGUUUCUUCGAUGCCAGAGACCGUGCCAUCGAGUGGCUUGGCACCAGCCGUGUCAAAACCCAGAAGGCAGUAGCAGUACAGGAGGUCAAGGCUGAAGAUGGGGCACAUGGCAUGAAGGCACGUCUUGAGAGGCAGGGUGAACAACUGAAGCGGCAACAGCAGCAGAUUGAGGCACUCUUACAGGCCAUGCAGCGACCUGCUCGCCGUUGGAGUCAGGGUCCUAGACGUUGCUACAAUUGCCAGUCCACAGGUCAUCUCAAGCGAGACUGUCCCCAUCCCCCGUCAUCCCCGUCGUCAGGAGGAACGAGUCAGGGUACCAGGGAUCCCCAGCAGUUUGUCCCCCAGCAGUCUAUGGCACAGCACUUUGUCCCCAGCAGUCCGCGGCCCAACAGUUCAUUCCUCAGCAGUCCCCAGUACAGCAGUUUGUCCCCCAGCAGUCCCCAGUACGGCAGUUUGUUCCCCAGCAGUCCCCAGCACAGCAGUUCAUUCCCCAGAAGCCUGGCCCUCAGUUAAACUUGAACGGCCUGUCA